AUAUACAGCAGCAAGUUUUUAUCAUUCAUAUCAACACAUACGUGAGUUUGAGUUGUGUGUGUAUAUUGGGGCCUGUAACCAACACUCUUUUGUCUGACCAUUAGUCUAGAUAUAUGGAUUAAUAAUCCAAUCUUGUCUUUUUAAUUCAUAGGUAAAAUGCCUCACAAGCGUCCUCUUGUUACUUCUGCAGCAGUGAUAGAAGGGCUGGGGUCCGACUUUAUACGGGUGCGAGGUCGCAGAAGUAAAGAAGCUAAUAAACUCUUUACGAGCCGACGGCCACUUGAUCCGAACCGUAUCACUAGAGAAAGCAUGCCUUGGAUAAGUGGAAGAUUGCCUCCCCAGGACUUAAGGGAAAUAUUGAAAGAAGAUCCAUUCUACAAAAAAGCAGUUGCUUCAGGUCUCGAAGUUAAACUAGGAAGAUGUUCGUGGUCUGCCAAGGCCAAGGAACACCUGUUUUAGCCGAUUGACCUCUAAUCCAGUCGUCUUUACCUUGACUUGUACUUGUGUAUGGGCAUGGACUCUCAGUAACUAACUGUAUUUUCCAACGUAUUUGAUGUAUAUGGUUAUGAUAACUAAGUAACUGAAUUCUAGAUGUAUGUUUCAGACACCUACGCUACGUAUUUUACUUUUGGUUAAAGGAAAUGUGAC